AUGGCAGAGCAGAAGACGAAGAUUCUGAUCAUCGGAGGGACGGGGUACAUAGGGAAGUACAUAGUGGAAGCUAGCGCCAACGCCGGCCACCCUACCUACGCUCUCGUUCGCCGCUCCACUCUCACUAGCCCCACCAAAUCCAACACCAUCGACUCCUUCAACAAGCUCGGCGUCAAGCUCCUCAUCGGUGAUCUGAAUGAUCACGAGAAUCUGGUGAAGGCGAUUAAGCUGGUGGACGUCGUGAUCUCGACUGUCGGCCAGGACCAGCUGGCUGAUCAAAACAAGAUCAUCUCCGCCAUUAAAGAAGCUGGCAACAUUAAGCUCCUGCUGCAUUGUUCCCUCGCCGCCGCAUCAGAACCUCUUCGCAGCCUCCCUCCGGCAGCCGCCACCACCCUCUCCUUCCCAACUCUUAGAUUGCAGCCUCGCUUUCCUCUUUCGCUCAAUCGCCAAAUUCACCGUGCUUCCGCUUCGCAGCUCCCCGAUGAUGGUUCCUUUCUCUCGUCGACGGAGCUCGACGGUUUUGCUGAUAUCGCCGGCAAAUUGGCCGAUGCUUCCGGAGAAGUCAUCCGGAAGUACUUCCGCAAGAAAUUCGAAAUUCUCGACAAGGACGAUCUGAGUCCGGUGACGAUUGCCGAUAGAGCAGCUGAGGAAGCAAUGAUUUCGAUCCUAUUGCAGCACUUCCCUUCUCACGCAAUUUACGGGGAGGAGAAUGGUUGGCAGUGUAAGGAGGAGAAUUCUUCAGAUUUUGUGUGGGUUUUGGACCCAAUUGAUGGAACUAAAAGCUUCAUCACUGGGAAACCAUUAUUUGGAACGCUCAUUUCUCUGUUAUUCAAGGGUAAACCGAUACUAGGCAUAAUCGAUCAGCCCAUACUAAGAGAACGAUGGAUUGGGAUGUCUGGGAGGAGAACAACAUUGGACGGAGAAGAAAUUUCAACUCGCAGUUGCCUGCAAUUGUCACAAGCAUAUUUGUACACUACUAGUCCCCAUCUUUUCAGCGGGGAUGCUGUGGAGGCAUUUGCACGUGUUAGAGAUAAGGUGAAAGUGCCAUUGUACGGCUGUGACUGCUAUGCUUAUGCCCUUUUGGCAUCUGGAUACGUAGAUCUUGUCGUUGAAUCUGGUCUCAAGCCCUACGAUUUUCUCGCCCUGAUCCCUGUGAUAGAAGGUGCUGGCGGGAUCAUUACCGAUUGGAAAGGCUGUGAUCUCACUUGGGAGGCAUCUCAAGAUUCUAAAGCUCCAAGUUUCAAUGUUGUGGCUGCUGGAGACAGGCAAAUUCAUCAACAAGCUCUAGAUGCACUGCAAUGGCCCUGAAAAGUGCUAUUUGCAAUGAAACAAACUCUCAUUUCUCAACUGUAACAUUUAUUCACCUCGUUAACUUUAGCUAAACAAACCCUAGGUCAUUUUAGUAAGCUAUAGUAAUUUUCCAUGAAAUGUUAAUUUCAAACUGUAUGAUGUUGUUUCCUCCAGACGCCAACGGAGUGGGAGAUAUUAGAACAUGUACCGACGCCCAAGUGUUUGUUGUCAUGAUCAAUAAAGAUAAAAAUAUAAAAAUGAAAGUCAUC